ACUGUACUUAUCUCUCUUACCAACGUCUCCCCCUACGCGGCAGUCAACAACCUUGCUGCAUGUGAACUACACCUCAGACAAUGCGACGUCAACCAGACAAUACUGGAUGUUUGCCAGUGGUGCCAGGUUCCACAUCCUUACAUCCAAUUAGGCCACCCCUGGGGGACCGAGCAAGUUGUUGGUUUCGGCCGAUAUGAACAACUCUUAUAAAAGGGCGAGAUGCGCCUCGUGAAGGCCCAUACUUCAGUUCUGACCAGAGCUUCAGCACCGAUUCAUCUCGUCUCUCUACCAUGGCUGGCACGGUCCUGAUCACCGGAGCCAAUGGUACACUGGCCCUUGCAUUUGUUCAAGCUCUUCUCACACUUCAUCCUCAAUACGCACUCGUAGCGACCGUGCGAAAUGCGUCACCAGAAGCCGAUCCCAACACAGCCGCGCUCAUGCGCAUCGUCGAAAAGCAUCCUGGUGUCAAGGUACAGGUCGAAAGACUCGACCUUGGCAAGCUGGACGACGUGCGCCGCUUUGCGGAUAGACUUUCGGACCAGAUCGAGCGAGGGGAGCUCUCACGCAUCUCGGCCAUCGUGUGCAACGCAUCCACCUGGUCACUGGAAGCAGGUCAGAAGUUCACAUCGGAUGGACUCGAGGCUACCUUCCAGGUCGCUCACCUGUCCCACUACCUCCUGGUCCUCAAGCUUCUUGGAAGUAUGGACAUGUCGUCUGGGCGCAUCGUCAUGCUUGGUUCGAUCACACAUUACCCAGAGAAACCGAAUCCAUUGUCGGCUUUCGGACCAGAGUUCCCGGCUGACAUCGAGCACCUCGUCAAGCCACCGCCUGAUCGUGCGGGAGAGGUGCACGACAGAGGAUUCCAGCGAUAUGGAACAGCCAAGCUUUCAAAUGUCACGUUCAUGCACGACCUCAACAAAAGACUGGAAGCAGAUCCAAAAUUAUCGAAGGUGACAGUCACGGCCAUGGACCCAGGCGGCCUCGCCGCUUCCAGAGCGCAGACUGAACAGAAAAGGUCGGUGAGGUGGAUUAUGGCUGCGAUCAACUUCUGCAUGCCCGUGUUGAGGUAUUUCACGACUGCUUUCCGACCUGCGGCGGACUCGGCACGAGACCUUGUUGCUGUCAGUGUGGAGCCUCAAUUCCAUGGAAAGAGGGAUUAUUAUGUCGGUCGGAAGCCAGAAGCGUCUGCUGAGAUCAGCAGAGACGCUGCGGUCCAGGAAAGGCUCUGGACGGCGUGCUGGAAGUGGGCGGGCCUCUCCACUGAAGACACUAUUCUCCAGAAUUCAGCAGUGUGAGGACUACCAAAAGCUAGCCAUUUCCAGUUCAUCUAGCUCAACUCUGUGACCCGACCCAUCACACCAUCUGUGGAAAUAGGCAGAUAAAAUAUAUACAUGGAACGAACAGGCGUCGAAUUGCGUAGUGUUUUGGACCAGAGCAGAUCGACAUGCUUCGUACGCUCCUCUCAUAUAGCUCGCCCUUCGACUCUCUC